CCGGUACACUCCCGGGUCAUUCAAUUAAGCUGAGAGGAGAUUUCGGAAGCGUUCAUCUCCUCCGUAUCCUCCGUUGUUUCUUCUCCACCGUUCUUUUCCUCUCUACGGAAUCGUAAUCAUGGCGGGAUCUAUUGAUCCAGUUGAAUUGGCAAGCCGGCUGUCUGAGAAACAGAUGGAUUGCUGGCUACAUAUGGAAUCAGAGACCCCAUUGAACAAGUAUCCCGCAAAGCAACAUGCCAGAAGAGUCGCAACUGAACUCGGCGUUUCGGCAGGGCUGUUAAUACUCCACGGGGAGAUAGCUCGGAACAACAAAUACAGCGACAUGCCGGCCCCAUUUCGCCAGAAUCGUUAUUUCUACUACCUCACUGGGUGCAACGAGACCGACUGUCAUGUGACAUACGAUAUCGAGCAAGACUCCCUCUCGCUCUAUAUCCCCAAGGUGGACACUUCACGAAUUAUCUGGUAUGGUCGCGGCUCUACCAUUCCCGAGGCAUUGGACAAGUAUGAUGUGGACUAUGUCCACCACAACGAGCGGCUACAACAUCACACCGACCGGUAUCUCCGUGACUACCCCGGCGUUCUAUAUCUACUCGAUCCCAAGGAGUGUAGUCAAAUUAUACGUCCUGAUGACAAGAGAUGCGAUGUGCAGUCUCUCCUCCCUGCCAUGAAUCGUGCCCGCGUAAUCAAGGAUCAGCAUGAGAUCGACCUUAUCAGAAAAGCCAAUAAAAUCAGCUCUCAAGCACAUGUAGAGGUGCUCGCGAAUAUUCGAAAGUUCACAAACGAGGCCCAAGUAGAGGGGAGGUUCUUAGACGUGUGCGUCUCAAACCACGCAAGGAAACAAGCAUACGAUAUCAUUGCUGGGUCCGGUCCGAACGCUGGCACAUUGCACUACGAUGCGAAUAACGAAGACUUCGGUGACCGUCUACUCAUGUGCCUCGAUGCCGGUUGUGAGUGGCAGAACUAUGCCAGUGACAUCACUCGCACCUUCCCCUUGACUGGGAAAUGGACGAAAGAAGGCAGGGCAAUCUACGGCCUGGUGGAGCGUAUGCAAAGCUAUUGCAUUGAGAAACUCAGACCAGGAGUCAGAUAUCUGGAUCUUCAUAUUCAAGCGCACCAGAUUGCAAUCGAAGGCUUGCUGAAACUGGGCAUCUUACACAAUGGGACUCCAGAAGAGAUCUACAAGGCUGGGACGAGCAGGGCCUUCUUUCCCCAUGGGCUCGGUCAUCAUAUUGGUCUCGAGGUACAUGAUGUGGGUCACUCAGAGCUGAUGAGCGGCUUGAGCACAGCUGAGAAGGAGGUCCCCUCUUUGUUUCCCCAGGAUUACCACCUCUCCGUUUACGAUCCAGCGCUCUGUUUCGCACCUGCAACACCGAGAAGUGGUCCUCUCCAGGAAGGCAUGGUCCUCACAGUUGAACCAGGCAUCUACUUCUCCGCCUACGCACUCAAACUGUAUUCGAAACACCCAGUCCACAGGAAGUACAUCAACGUGCCUGUUCUCAAGAAAUACAUGUCUGUAGGCGGUGUCCGGAUUGAGGACGACAUACUCAUUACUCGCGACGGCCACGAAAACCUGACCACGGCACCGAAAGGUGAAGCCAUGCUGCGUAUCAUCAACGGCGAGGAGACACCAGACUUGGACGCCAUUUGUUCGUCGGCCUCAUCUCCCCAGCGUAGUACCGUAGCACCUCAAUUAACCGAAGAGAACGAGGAGAAGGAGGAAUCGCUAGUACCCGCACCAGGUAUCUCGCGGAGCCGGUUAUGCCUUCGCUGUCGUGUUUAUCGAGCCUCUCACAAUACCGAUUGCUCUGAGGAUUCGCAUUCGUAUGAGCAAAUGAAGAUUCCCAUUCGUAGGAGCGAAUCAAUAGGGUUAAACUUUCUACAGCGGGGAGAAGGGAGCCGACGAUAAUACAGUGAUGAGGGCUCAGGGCCCUUCGUCGGGAUGAUCACCGCGACAGCCGCAGAGCCAUUAAUGGAGUUCCAGCCGUUCGAUUUCGAAGUUCGGUCCCACUCAUUGGAUCGGUAUCUCAGUUAAUUUAGGCAAUGAUCAGCUUUCAUCUAGCAGUACGUACUGUUAUGCCAGCGCAUUUGGUAUGUGAGGCUGUGCCUCGGAUAUAGGAUGUUGAGCUACGGGGAAGGCGGAACCUCCUUAAUCUUAUCGGCAAAGCAUGAAGUUUUUCGAUGCCAUGAUUUGGGCGUCUAUGAUGCGAAUGGGAGGGUGAAUGUUUCUACACGUACAAUUGCAACGCCAUUGUAUAAGGUCUCUAAUCGGUACUAAGUCCAUUUAAAC